UGUGUUGCCAUGGUUACAGGUGCCGUGGAACAUCUAUGACAGCAUUAUCGUCACAUUGAGUGUGUUGGAGCUCGGAUUAGCUGACGUUUCUGGCCUAGAACUGUUGCGAGUAUUCAGGCUGUCCAGGUGGUGGCCAUCCUUCCACCUGUUGUUAAAGAUCAUCUGGAUGUCACUGAGCGCUCUGAGGAACCUGACUCUUCUUCUGCUCAUCAUGGUCUUUUUCUUCACCGUGGUUGGCAUGCAACUGUUUGGGAGUGACUACAAAGACUAUGUCUGUCGCAUCUCAGCGGACUGUGAGCUUCCUCGCUGGCACAUGAACGAUUUCUUCCACUCCUUCCUUGCUAUCAUGAGGGUCCUGUAUGGAGAGUGGAUUGAGCUCAUGUGGGAUUGCAUGGAGGUCUCAGGUCCGGCCAUGUGUCUGAUCUUCUUCAUGAUGGUCAUGGUCAUCGGAAACCUCUUGGUCCUGAAUCUGUUCCUGACCUUGCUGAUGAGCUCCUUCAGCAGUGAGAGUCUGGCAGCUCCAGCAGUAAAAGAAUGCAACCACCUGCAGCCUGCUAUAAAUCAGAUCAAGAGGGCUGUGUGGACUCUGCUGGGAAAGAAGACCCAUAUGAACCCAGACCACAAAGCAAUCGACAGCAAGGACGACAAGAAGAAGGAUUACAUGGCCUUGACUGUUGUGACCUCGGAACAGCCGAUGUCAGAGGUCAGGGCCCUCAGCAGUGAUCACGACAACCCGACCAGCAAAGACCAUAACACCGACUCCCAGUGCGUCCUGGAAGCCAUAAAGACGUCUGAAGAUGAAGAUGAAAAAGAGAAAAAAAAACAUCCUGAAGUCCAGCAGCGCAAAGACGAUGAAGAUGAUAAAGGAAACCCACCUGACGACUGCUGUAGUGACAAGUGUUACCGUUGCUGUCCAUGCCUGGACAUAGACACAUCCCAGGGUGGAGGAAGGGUCUGGUCCAACUUCAGGAGAGCCUGUUGCUCCAUCAUUCAACACAAAUACUUCGAGUACUUUGUCAUGUUCAUCCUCCUGCUGAGCAGUGCAGCUAUGAUGUUUGAGGACAUUUACCUGCAUCAGCGUCCGGUCUUAAAGGAGAUCCUGUUGAGAGCAGACCAGGUGUUUACCCUGCUGUUCCUGAUAGAGAUGCUUCUCAAGAUCAUCGCCUUCGGACUCAAGAAAUACUUCACCGACGCCUGGUGCUGGCUCGACUUCCUCAUCUUAGACGUAUUUCUGGUUUCUCUGGCAGCCGACACAUUUGGAUUCUCUGAACUGGGAGCCAUCCAGUCUCUGAGGACCCUGAGGGCUCUGGGGCCCCUGAGGAUCCUGUCUCGCGCCAAGGGCCUGAGGCUGGUGGUGCAGACGAUGGUGCGGAGCUUCCCGUUCCUGUUUGACGUGUUGCUGGUCUCUCUGGUCGUCUGGUUGAUCUUCAGUGUUAGUGGAGUGGAACUGUUUGCUGGAAAGUUUUAUUACUGCUUCAAUGAGACAUCGGAGGAGAUUUUCACAGCAGACGCUAUCAACAAUCGUACCCAGUGUGUUGAACUGGUAAUGAUGAACUUUACCGAGGUCAGAUGGAAGAACGCGCGCUUAAACUUUGACAGCGUGGCAAAUGGUUACCUGGCGCUGCUGCACCUGGCGCUGUCAUCAGACUUUUAUGAUGUCAUGUACGCGGCUGUGGACUCCAGAUGGGUGGAAUCUCAGCCGGUCUAUGAGAAUUCGCCGUACAUGUACAUGUUCUUCAUCUUUUUCAUCAUCAUCAGUUCUUUCUUCACCUUAAACUUCUUCAUCAGAGCCAUCCUGGACAACCUGCAGAGAAGCAAGUCUGCAGGUAAACAUAUUUUCAUCACAGAGGAGCAGCAUAAAGAGUGCAUUGCUGUGAAGAAACGUCUGCGGACCCCUCCGAGAGCUGUUCCAAGACCUCAGAAUGCUUGCCAGGCUUGGCUCUUUGACCUGGUGACUAAACUACCAUUUAAUAUUUUCAUGGCGAUUGUGAUCUGCCUGAACGUGGUUCUCCUGAUGGUUGAGACAGACCAGAUGAGCAUGCAGGCGGAAAUCAUCCUGUACUGGUCCCACCUGGUCUUCAUCCUCAUCUUCCUCAUUGAGUUCAUUCUGAAGAUCAUUGCGCUCAGACAGCACUACUUCACCGACGGAUGGAAUGUGCUCGACUUCUUAGUGCUCAUCUUCACCAUCGUAGGCAUGUUCUUGGCUGAUUUACUUGAGAAAUACUUCAUCUCACCUUCUUUCGCAACUGUGCUCCGAUUGGGUCGUGUUGGACGUAUGCUCCCUCUCAUUCGCUUUAGCAGGGGUAUCCGGAAGCUGUUAUUAGCCUUCAUGAUGUCACUUCCUGCCUUCAUCAACAUUGGCCUCCUCCUCUUCAUUAUCAUGUUCACCUCCUCUCUCUUUGGCAUGUUUAACUUUGCCUACGUGAGGAGAGGGGCAGCGAUUGAUGACAUGACGAACUUUGAAACGUUUUGGAACAGCAUGAGUUGUUUGUUUGUGAUGACCACGACAGCGUCAUGGGGUGGUCUGCUGCUUCCAUUGAUGACCACGCCGCCAGACUGUGACCCCUACAUGGAGCACCCAGGAUCCACAGUCAAAGGGGACUGCUGCAACACAACAGUUGCCAUCAUCUUCUUCGUCAUCCACAUCACCCUGUCCUUUCUGCUGGUGGUCCACCUGUUUGUCGCUGUCGUCCUGGAGACCCUCAAGUCAGAGGCCGGUGAGCCACUGAGUGACGAUGAACUCCAGAUGUUUUAUGAAACCUGGAGAAAGUUUGACCCCGAAGCCUCGCAGUUCAUAUCCUACAGUAAGCUGUCAGAUUUCUGCGACUCUCUGAAGGAUCCUCUGAGGAUUCCAAAACCAAACUCCAUUAAACUAAUCCACAUGGAUCUGCCUCUUAUGCCUGGAGACAAAAUCCACUGUGUGGAUGUCCUUUUCGCACUCUCCACGCAGGUGUUAGGUUACUCUGGACAGGCGGACACUCUGAAAGCCAGAAUUGAGGAAGAGUUCGUAGACAACCCAUCCAAGGUGUCGCAUGAACCAAUCAGCAGCACCCUGCAGAGGAAACAGGAAGACGUGGCGGCAGCAGUGAUCCAGAGAGCGUACAGGAAACACAUUCUGCAGCACAGAGGUGCAGAGGAGCCGGCGGUGGAGUCUGUGAACGGGGGUGGUGGUGUUUCAGGUGGAGCCUUACAGUAAGUCUCUCCCCCACGCUGUUCUGACGUCCUGCCAGAUGAGAACCUGAGGCAGUCUAUCAUCAGUCUGGACCGCACCUGUGGACCGAGCUCUUAGGUCAGAGACAGCACAACUGGAGUUAAAGUUUGCUGCGGACAGCUUCGUUCUGUGCUCUACUUCUGUCUCUAAGAAAAGUUUUUAUUACUGCGUUGUUAAUUCCUGUGUGUCCUAACAGAGCUCAGUCUGUGCUGAGACAUCCCAGGUGAUGUUAAACUUCACAAUCAACUACUAAUCCAGGUUACUAUAACAUGUACACAACAUUUAUUAUUAAUAUAUCUCAAAAAUGUAUGAUUGUAGAUGCUUGGUCCAGGACCAGGUGAUAUCAGAAAAAAUUCUGACACUGAUCAGCAUCUCUGUUGAUCCCACAUUCUUUGUUUUCUGCCUUUUUGUUUCCACACUGCUUACUCACGUAAUUACACUCUGGAGGGAAGAAAGAUUACAGAUGUUUCUUAAAAAGAUGCAUUUAUACUUUUUCCAGUGUCAGGGAUUGACCUCCUCCUGAUGUUUGAUGUCACUAAAAACAACUCAGAGCUCUUAUUAUGAGCCAGAAUUAAAAAUAUUUCCAAGUAUUCAGUGAGACAGAAAGAUGCAUCUUUUACACCUGAACAAGAAAAACGUUUGUUUUAUUGUUUCAUUUGUUGGAAUCAGUCUGUUUUACAGCAGACUGAUUAAAAAACACACGUCAUUUGACAGUGCUAGUACCAUGAAAGGUUUCCUCACAACACCUGGACUUUAUUUUGAAAAUAACAAAACUUUACUCUUAAAAUAUUAUGACUUUAUUCUGGAAAUAUGAUGACUCCACUCUGAAAAUAUUUCCCCUUCAUACUGGAAAUAUUACAACUUUGCUCUGGAAAUAAGAUUUUAUUCUGAAAAUAUUACAACCUUAUUAUGGAGAUAUUAUGAAUUUAUUCAGAAUAUAUUAUGACGAUACUCUGGAGGAAUUGAAACUUUUAAGAUUUUUUUUAUUUUAAACUAACUGCACAAAAAAAGGAACAGUAGCAUUAAUUGUAACAUCAGCAUAUCAAACUAACAUCAUUAUUAAAGUAAUGUAAGCAUUAAAAAAAACAAACAAGCAUUUCUUUUGAAAGUGAUGUUGGCGGGAAGAAAACUAACAGUAAUUCAAUAAUAUAAGCAUUAAAAAUGGAAAUUAACAUUAAAAAUAAAAUGUUAGCACAGGUAUCGGCAACCUUAGCCUCAUUUCCACCAAACACUUUGGGUAUUGUACCUUUGGAACCAACAGUAACCCUUCAGACAUGGUACCUAGACCCUGGUGUUUCCUCCACAAACAGUACUCUUAAAUGUGGUUGUUGUCACUCACUGCUCCGUCCAGCACUCACUGUAUUUCCUCAUCACCGGUGACACAGAGUCUGCACCUCGUUUAUUGUCCACAGAACGAGGCUGCACGCCAGGCUUUGAAUGAAUGUAGGUAUUGCCCAUCUCCAGAAUGCAGGAAAUCACAUCUACCACAUCCAAAAUUUUCUGGGGGAGGACCGCCAGACCCCCACUAUACCACCAUUAUCUCUCUGUAUGGUAUUUGUAUGUAAGGUAUUAGGCCCUAUCCAUCUCCAGCAGGCGCCCCAGAAAUCCGUUAGGAUGCGGGGGAGGUUUUUUGAAAAGUUGACAGCCCUGCAGUUUACCAAUAAAACUCUCCACAGUAUGAACACUGAUAUAUGAUAUAUACCUGGAUUAAACACCUGAGUGGUUCCUUUCUUAUUAAAGUAGCUCCCAGUGAGGCCACCAGCAUAUUAAUUGUCUCUAGCUGAUUGAUUGAUUGAUUAUAGGUUAUUAACGUCAUGCUCUGACAAUGUUUAACACGUGAUUUAGCCAGAUAUCCUUGCACUACUGUCAGAGUAUCAUGCAGAAACCCUGUGUCCCCAAGUAAGAGAUGAACAACUGAGCACUUCUUUUAUAGUUUUUUAUUUGAUCUUUUUUACUGUAUCUUGUUGUAGCCACAGUGUUGGUAUAUCGAUGCUGUUUCUCUUUAUAUAUAACUUCACACAUUACACAAACUCAAUAAAUGGAGCUCAAAACA